UUUUGUCACUCCUUUGUAAACAAAAGCGUGUUUCUGCGGUCCGCAGUGUUUGUGUCCAACUUAUCAAUGUUUUAUUCCUUUUUUUCAAUAGUUUUAAUUGGAAAUCAAUUAAAAAUAGUAGUUUAGAUAUCCGGUAAGCAGUCGCCUCAAGUUACAGUCGGUGAAAAUGAACUUUCAAAUGUACACGGAUGUAUCCCGACUGUGCCGGAUUUGCUUAAAAGACGCCACCGGGAGCAAGAUGGAAUACAUCUACAAAUCACCCGAUCCGGUUCGUCCCAGUCUGCACACGAUGCUCAGUGCCAUCUGUGCGCCUGUAUUCGAUAGCGAAGAUGUCCAUGAACAAGUCGCAAGGGAAUCGUUUGGUAUGCCAAAGGCCGUAUGUCACAACUGCAAAUUGAAGGUGUUGGCAUCCUACGAGCUGUACGAGGCCUGCAUCCAAAGCGACCGAAAGCUUUGGGAAAUGAUUAUAAUCCAGAAAGAGCUAUUAGACGAGGAACCUACGAAACCACAAGAGGACGUAUCUGAUGAAGAAAAACAACCAAAUGAAAAUGAAAGCACGUCAAAGGACAAUCCGUCUGAAUCCAUCAAAGAUGAUAACGGAUUAAACGAUUAUCAGGAUAGUGACACGAUCCGAAAUACGGCUAUUAUAAUGUGUGAUCUUUGUUCUGUUAGUUUUAAAUCGAAAAAGACCUUCCGAGGGCACAUGAAAGUAACUCAUCCCGAUUCGAUAAAAUCCUGUCAAGAGUGUGACGAAAUAUUUGUCAGUCAAAUUCUGCUGGACGAUCACAUCCUGUUCCAUCGGACCGGAAAGAAGUUCUCGUGCGUGGUUUGUAAGAAGCGAUUCGGGACAACCACCGCCCAGCGGCUGCACGCUCGUACGCACGUUAACUACAUGCCGCACGAAUGUGAUCAGUGCGAUAAAAGUUUUCCCACGGCCACCGCGCUGCACAUGCAUGCCGUUCGACACGCCGGCCAGCGUGCCAUUGCCUGCGAACUGUGUCCGUUGCGAUUCUACACCAAGGGUUCUCUCAAGUUGCACAUGGUAACCCACACGAAGGAGCGCAAGUACGCGUGCGAUAUCUGCGAUUCCAGAUUUACCGCACGGGAUUCGCUGAUAAAGCACACAAUGAAACACUCAGGAGAGCGCCCGUUCCAAUGCACCGAAUGUUCACUGAAGUUCUUCACGUCGGGCAAUCUGAAGCGCCACAUGCGCACCCACACCGGAGAGAAACCGUACAAAUGCGCCUACUGCGAUCGCUCGUUCCGCCAAACGGCCGAUUUGCUCAGACACAGCCGCACCCAUGUCGGGGACAAACCGUACCGGUGCGACAUUUGCACCGACACGUUCCGUUUGAUAACGGAACUGCGGAACCAUUAUUCGGCGCACUUCAAACCGGGCGAAAAGGGGGCAGCGGAAAUCCUGAAAAAGCUGAACCAGAAAUACGUCGACGGUGACGUGAAGAAUCAUUUUACCAUAACGCGAACGAUGCAUCGGCGAUUCGAGGCGGAUAAGAGCACCAAAAAAGGAGGAGAAGAGGAGGAGGAGACGAUGGAAACCGACGACGAUGAUGUCAGUCCACUGGAACCGGUACCAGAAGAUGCCGCUGACGAAGACCUAGACGAAAUGGAGUUAAAAUAUGAUUUAGUGGAAGUGGUGGAUUGAAGGAAGCCGGAAAGUGGAAUGGAACAUGUAUUAGUAUUUGAAAAUACUUUGAACCUAUGCUCGGGGUGAAGCCAAGACCAGUUGAAGGUUUUUUUUAAUUUAAUGUUCAUGUAGUUAAGCUCGUUAAUAUAAGUUCACAAAAAUAUUUGAUUUUUUCAUAUUGAGAAAUGGAUUUGGUAUUAUGUUUGAUUCCAAGUGAUCAUUGGCGCUCGAGUUUUGGUUAUAUCUGGACAUUGUUGAUCAUAACCGUAAUAAAUGACGAAAAUCGUAAAA